UCUACUUCUUCUUCUUCAUCACAACUACAUUAGAUAAUGCUACUUCAUAGCUCUUAGAACUUUGGUUUUUAUCAAUAGCAUAGCAAAGAUAUGGGGGGUGUAGAGCUUUCUUACUGUGUAGUGGAAAGGAAACCUUGUAUUGGGUGGGUUAACAAGUACUUUAAGGAUUGUCUUUGCAACCUUAACGAUGAAAUCUCGUUUGUUGUGGGAAUCAUUAGUCUAAUCUGUUGGGGGGUGGCAGAAAUUCCUCAGAUUGUUACCAACUUCAAGAACAAGUCUUCCAGUGGCGUCUCUCUUGCAUUUCUCUGCACUUGGAUCCUUGGAGAUGUUUUCAAUCUUGUUGGGUGUGUUCUCGAGCCUGCUACGCUGCCCACACAGUUCUUUACUGCACUGCUGUAUACGGCAACAACAGUAGUUUUGGUGUUGCAGGCCAUAUACUAUGAUCAUUUCCUCCCACGGUGGAAGUGCCGAGACAAGAACACCAUUCUGGUUAAGGAUAAUGAUAGAGAGGCUUUGAAACCAAGGUCACGACAUCAUCGUACUUCUCAUCCUGCGGUUGAGGUGCCCUCCCAGAGACAUUACUAUUUUACGUCGGCCAGAACUUUGGCAAGCAGUGAUACUCCAACGUACUGCUACAUAAUGGCCAGAAGCGGCCCUCCUGCUCUGCAACACGACCAGGAUUCAUCUUCUGAAGAUGAAACGGUGCCAUUAUCUUCCUCGCAGAAGGCCAUUUCCCAGCCACGAUCAAUUCCUCGCGCUCAUGUGGGUUCUGCACAGACGGCAUAUGGCACAUUUCUAGCUGCUGCAGCUCAUUUUCCGGUGGGUGGCAAGUCUCUGAUUAUGGAGGCGCAGACCAAGUUCACCGGAAGGAGGUUAUUACAGGAACAUGAAUUUGACAGCAGUGUUGCUGGGCAGUGGUUGGGGUGGCUGAUGGCUGCUAUAUAUAUGGGAGGAAGAGUCCCCCAGAUUUGGUUGAAUAUUAAAAGAGGAAGUGUUGAGGGACUUAAUCCUCUCAUGUUCGUCUUCGUCCUUGUUGCCAAUGCCACAUAUGUUGGAAGUAUAUUGGUGAGAAGCACAGAAUGGGAGAAGAUGAAGGCAAACAUGCCAUGGUUGCUAGAUGCAGUGGCCUGUGUGGUGCUGGAUCUUUUUAUUAUUAUUCAAUACCUUUACUACAGCCACAAGAAGAUUAAGAAGAGACAACAAACACAGAGUUAAAGACUAGUUCCCUUUCAGUGUUGGCUACAACAAGGAUCAAGUUUGAUUGAGUUUAGGCAGUUGAAUGUUCUAUUAUGUGCUGUACAUUCUGAAAUUAUUACCCAAUCCCAUUUGUAUUGUUGGCUUAUUCUCUUUUACCAAAUCAUUGGCAUAUAAAAUAAAGACCACCAAGUUACUACUUA